CCGCCGCCGAAAGCAAUUAGCCAGCAUCCCGCACCGCCCCCCAGACGCAUCCCCCGGCCCGGGGCGAGGAUGAGCGGGACAGGCGAGGCACAAAGUCGAAACUCAACUUUUUAAAAACAUUUGCGUGUGUGUAUGUCUGUGUGUGGGGGUGAGAAUGCGCUGAUGCCGAGGGUCCAGCCACCCCCCCCCCCCUGCCUUCUCCUCCCCCUGCUGCCGCUGCCCUCGCACACGCGCGCGCACACACGGCACCGGGGCCGGGUUUCCGCGCACCGUCCCCCGGCUUGGAUGGGAGUUUUCGUUUCCGAAGGAGGCAGAACCCGCGGAGCGCGCUGAAGGGCUGGAGCCCCAAGUUACUCUUCGCCAGCGCUGGCCACCGCUGUCACUCACAGGCUGGCAGGGGAAGGGACCCACACGCCUGCCUGGCUUUGUUGUGGAAAUCCGGGUUACCUGGCUAAUAACCCACACCAUGGAUAACUUAUUGGACUUUGCCUGAAAGGACUCAUUAGUUCCAUUGGAUACUUGACCAUUCCUGGCCACGGGUUUUUCCAGAAUGAAUGGAAGGUCAUGCAGCAUGAGUCUCCACCGGACAUCAGGAAGCCCGCAGGGGCCUGGGAUGGUCAGUGGCCAACACAUUCCUCCCAUCCGAGCCCACUCUGGGACUCCUGGCCCCUCGUCCUGUGGCAGCACGUUGAGCUCUGCCAUCGGAAGCCUGGCUAACAGUCUGCAUCUCAAGAUGCCCUCGGGAGGAGGGCUGGCUCCUCAGAGCAGCAUGGCCGAGAGCCCCCUCCGUCUGCCCGCCUUGAGCCCCCGGAGACAAGUGCUCACCAAUGGGAAGCCACGAUUCCAGGUCACCCAGGCUGGAGGCAUGUCAGGGCCACACACUUUAAAGCCAAAGCAUCAGGAGUUUGGAAGUCCUUUUCCUCCAAAUCCUGGGAAAGGGGCUCUUGGCUUUGGGCCUCAGUGCAAGUCCAUUGGAAAAGGCAGCUGCAACAAUCUAGUGGUCACCAGCAGUCCCAUGAUGGUUCAGCGACUGGGACCCAGUUCACCUCCAGCAAGCCAGGUCUCUACAGCAUGCAACCAGAUCAGUCCUAGCUUACAGAGGGCAAUGAAUGCUGCCAACCUGAAUAUACCUCCUUCAGAUACCAGGUCCCUUACUUCUCGUGAGUCUUUGGCGUCCACGACUUUGAGUCUGACGGAAAGUCAGUCGGCCUUGAGCGUGAAACAAGAGUGGUCUCAUGGCUACAGGGCUGUCCCGUCGCUGCCCUCCAGCCACGGCUCCCAGAAUGGCAUCGAUCUAGGGGACCUCCUUAGCCUUCCUCCGGGGACAGCCAUGUCCAGCAAUAAUGUCUCUAACUCACUGCCGUCCUACCUUUUCGGCGUGGACAACAGCCACUCUCCUUACCCGAGCCCCCGGCACUCGUCGGCCAGGUCCCACUCAGCCCGCUCCAAGAAGAGAGCGCUGUCCUUGUCCCCGCUGUCCGAUGGCAUUGGGAUAGACUUCAAUACCAUCAUCCGCACCUCGCCCACGUCGCUGGUGGCCUACAUUAACGGGUCGAGGGCUUCCCCGGCCAACGUGUCCCCGCAGCCCGAGGUCUACGGGCACUUCCUCGGCGUGCGCGGAAGCUGCAUCCCCUCGCCGUGCUCGGGGCCCAGCGGCCAGAAGGGCGUGCGGGGGGCGGGCGGGAGCGGGGGCCCUGCGCCCCCGGCCUACGGCGAGGACGGCGCGCUGGAGUACGAGCGCAUGCAGCAGCUGGAGCACGGGGGCCCGCAGCCCGGCCUGGUCGCCAACACGGUGGUGCAGCACGGCCUGCCUGACCCCGACGGCCAGCCGGCCGGCCUGCUCAAGACCGAGCGCCUGGAUGACUUCCCGGGGGGCGCCCUGGACCUGCCCCCCGCGGUCCCGCUGCCCCCGCUGCCGACGGCCCCCCAGGGCCCCCCGCCCCCCUACCACGCCCACCCACACCUGCACCACCCGGAGCUGGGCCCCCGCGCCCCGCCGCUGGCCCUGCCCCGGGCCGCGCUGGACGAGGACGGCGACGUGGAAGACGCGGGGGGCAAACACUGCUGUCGCUGGAUCGACUGCAGCGCCCUGUACGAGCAGCAGGAGGAACUUGUGCGCCACAUCGAGAAGGUUCACAUCGACCAGCGCAAAGGGGAAGACUUCACUUGCUUCUGGGCCGGCUGUCCUCGCAGGUACAAGCCGUUCAACGCCCGGUACAAACUGCUGAUCCACAUGCGAGUCCACUCCGGGGAGAAGCCCAACAAGUGCACGUUUGAAGGUUGCAAGAAGGCCUUUUCAAGGCUUGAGAAUCUCAAGAUUCACUUGCGGAGCCACACAGGCGAGAAGCCUUAUUUGUGCCAGCACCCAGGCUGCGAGAAGGCGUUCAGUAACUCCAGUGACCGUGCCAAGCACCAGAGGACACAUCUGGACACUAAACCUUAUGCUUGUCAAAUUCCAGGAUGCUCCAAACGCUACACAGACCCAAGCUCCCUCAGAAAGCAUGUGAAGGCACAUUCUUCCAAAGAUCAACAAGCGAGAAAAAAGUUGCGGUCCAGCACAGAGCUACAUCCCGACCUGCUCACGGAUUGCCUCACCGUGCAGCCCCUGCCCUCGGCCACUUCCCCGCGAGAUGCCGCUGCCGACAGUGCGGUGGGACGCUCCCCGGGGCCCGGGCCUGACCUCUAUCCAGCCUCCGUCUUCUCCAGCAGUCACUCGAGCCGAAGCGGAGCCCCGCACACUGUCGGUCACCCUUCUCCGGGACACAGCGUACAGGGGAGCCCCCACCACCCCGCCCCCCAGCUACCCCUGCUCGCGGCCGUGGACGCGGGAGCCGACAGGUUUGUACCUUCCGCCCCGUCCCCUCACAUCAGCCCCCGGAGGGUUCCAGCUGCUUCUUCGGUCAUGCAGAGGACGCAGCCCCCCCACCCCCAGCAGCCAGCGGGCACGUCGCACCUGAAGUCUUACCAGCCAGAAACAAAUGCUUCCUUUCAACCAAAUGGAAUCCAUGUUCAUGGAUUUUAUGGGCAGCUCCAGACCUUCUGCCCCCCACAGUACCCGGACCCCCAGAGAGCCGUGCUGCCCAGCAGCUCGUGCAGUGUGGUGCCUUCCUUCGAGGACUGCCUGGCCCCCACGCCCAUGGGGCAGGCUGGCUUUGACGUGUUCCACAGGGCCUUCUCGGCCCACUCGGGCAUUGCAGUGUAUGAUUUGCCGUCGGGGUCCCCCGGCCUCUUCGGGGACUCUGUGCGUGGUGGGCCUGAAGACGCCACGUUCUUGCAGAUCAGCGCUGUGGACCGCUGUCCUAGCCAGCUCUCCUCUGUCUAUACCGAAGGCUAAAAGCUCCCCUGGCCUCCACUACCACUGGCAUCCGGAACCUUUUCGUCGCUCGCCACCUUGUACUCUCACACCCUCACUGACUGCACGAAGAGGAUGCCAGCCGCUUCCGUGGAACCUGCAAAGUCCCAGGCGUGUCUUUGGAAGGCGGGACUGGUCAGGGCCGGCCUUCCCAGGGCUGCGUGUGGUUGCUGCUGUUUCUGGAUUUGCUGGUGGCCCACAGGACUGUCUCUUCAAAGGGAAUUUAGAGUCACUCUACCGGACACCUGUUCCUUCCAGCUGUGCACUCUCAAAGGACACCAGUGAAAUGACGCACACGUCAAAGUGUAGUUCGGGGACCACCCUCGCACAGAACUCCAAGUAGGGAAGGAAAACCCAAGUUGCCAGAAGCACAGAGAACUGCCUCGCCCCGUACGCAUCCUCCCCACUGGCUCCGGCAGGACCUGAUGAGGGAAAUCUGCAUCCAAAGCACCGCUUGGGCUCAGCCCGCGGAGGAGCCCCCCCCCCCCCCCCCGCCCAUCCUGGCACUGCACCGGCCUGGCACCCCGGCGAGCCGGUGCCUCUCUGCUCUUCCCGUCCCCGUGCUAACCAGUCGCUUUUCAGUAUUUCUCCAGAAGCAAAAUGAGAUUCUAUCAAGCACAGUCCCUUAAAAGGCACUACAACCUGUUUUAUAUUCCAGCAGCUUAUCUUAGUUCUUUUAUGCUAAAGACUUGUUAUUUACAUCUACUUUUAAAGGAAGAAAAAUAUUUAGAGGUCUGUUCUUUGGAUGGAAAUAGUUAUCUUAAUCACCCCAGCUGCAUCCAUUUUUGCCACAGCCCGUGGCCCCUCCUGGUCCCACCUCGCAGCGCCUGGGAGCCCCCCCCCCCCAGAGUCGUAGUUUUGCAUUGAGCGAAAGGCACCGCGGGAAGUGGGUGGGCCCGACCCCUUCCCGACCCCUUCCCGACCCCUUCCCGACCCCUUCCCGACCCCUUCCCAGUGCGGUAGCAGAAACCCUGAUGGGCUGACUGCGUGAGGCAACUCCACCUCGAAGACCUUGUUCAGUGGAAAAGAUCACUUGACUCGUUGACCCUUCGCCUCCGCUCGGGGAAUGCCGCGCCCAGGUCUUGCUAGAAGAUGUGGAACCGGGACACGCCGAGUUGAGAUCCUGGGCUCUCUCAAAAAACCACACGAGAGGUGCCUGAUGUCGUUAUUUUGCACAGCCUCUGCUCGCCUCCGUUAGGAUGUCCACUCACCCGUCUGUCCCUCCCCCGUACUCUCCUCUCCCUCCUUGCUCUUGUCACCUUCUUCUCUGUUCCCGCUCGCCCACCGCCACUGCCUGAGCACCCUUGGCAAGGUCUUCCCAGGGAGCAGGUAGAGGGAAGGCUGGGGCAGCAGAUGUUCGCUUUUUUCCUGUAACUCUAGUCUGACGGCCUGGAAUUUCCACAGAGCUCUUGGUCAUUUGAUAGCCAACCCGAAUAGGAAGCCACUUUCUGUGAUGCGUUUACAAAGCUAUUCAAAAAGAUCUUAAGCCGUGCGCGUAAGGCCAUAAAAACUAGCCACACCGCAGAGACACCUGGUAAACUCUGGCGUUCCAGAACUAUCGCGUUUCAACGUUUCUUUUCUCUGUCCUUAAGAAUGGGUUCUGAACACAAAUGAAACAAUGUGGUUUGUCCAACUGGGAUCGUUGCGGUCUUCGAGAAGGGUUAACCAGCUGGGUGUCCCGGGACAGUUUGUAUCCAGACAGACAGGUCCUUCCAGUCGGGCUCCGCAGUCGCUUACGUGCUGCUUGACGCGGACCGGAUCCCAACACGUCACAGAGAGAGGGGACUAAAGAGCCGCGCGUGGGGUCCGCCGACCGCUGAGCUCCUAUCUGAGAAAGGCCAGGCCCGCGAGAGGGCCGCGUUACCCACUUGACAAAGAUCCGCGCUGCUUUCCGGAAGUCUUCCUUUCCAGAUGAGCCCUCGGGCCCCCCCCCCCCCCCCACCGCAGACUUUGUGGGUUAGGUCACUUGGCCUAAACGAGGACACGUGCGUGCUAACUGCCAUCUCUUGCGUGUCCUUUGUCACACUCUGCAAAGGAAGGUAGAGAUCCGGUGUCUUUAGGGAGGCAGCGCGGCCAUUCUCGAACGCUGAGGCCUGCGUGGGGAGCUCAGAACUUUCUUCCUGUGUGAGAUGAGGGAGGGAGAAGCUGACAAAAAGCAGGGUUAAUGCAGUGAUGCCUCCGUGCCUCGCGGCUUUUACAUGAUUUACGGGGAGGGAGGGAAGGAAGGCGAAACCAGAGGCUGAACCUCACAAACCCCUGGGUGUCAUCGUCUUCUUUGGCUGGGGGACAUGCCCCUGUGCCUGCCUCUGGUGUUAGCCCGGCCUCACGGUGGCCCUGUCGCUGCUUGUGGGGGGAGGGGUCAGCAGCAGCACCUCAGGGCCUCCUCCCUCGGCAGGGACGGAAGCCAGUCCCCCCCCCCCCCCCCCCCCCCCACCAAGGGACCUUGGUGUUAGCCGAGGGAGCGCACGGGAAGCGGAGUCAAGUGCGACCCGCGAGGUCAGCUGCCCCCUCACAUACCCAUCAAGCGUAUCCCAGGGGCUGCGGGUUGGAGUCGGGGCCUCAGGGCACGACACAUUCGGGUUCCUUACAGACGGCACAGGCUGUCCUUAGACUCCAGAGUCUCCCCUGACCUUAAAAUCUGCCCCUUGCUUGCUUCCAGUGUCGUGCCAGAUUCAUAUCUGCAUUCAUCAUCAUGUCUGUAGCAGUGAAAGUAGAAACUUCGAGAAACUCACUCCCUUCCAUUUCCUGGCCUUUUUAGUCUCGAUAUUGUAACCAUUUUCAUCAACAUCUGAGCAGAGAUUGUCAUUCCCCUGUUUUGAAAAAAACUGGUGAAAUACACACAGCCCAAAGCCAAUUAUCCUAUUACAUUAAAAAAAAAAAAUCAGUCUGCUUAGAGACAUUUCAUUUGCUGCAUUGUCUUAAUUCCCUAAAGGGACCAUUUCAAAAUGUCAGUUGUAAUUUAGCCUCUGAUCGGCCGUUAAAUAUUAUUUAAGUAUUUGCCGGUCCUGUGGGGUGUCUCCCUUUAACGAUGUCUCCCCCAAAUUGCACAGGUGACUCGAAGUGGACAGAAGGCCUUCAGGGGACCCCCUGAUAGAACAGGGGUGGUGUGGUUCUGUCGUGUUUCACUUACCAGCUGUCGAGCACAUUAGCAUACUAGAGCAGAGGUAAACGUUCACCUCCCCUGUCUGUCCCAGAACCUGGACUUUCCAGUUGUCUUGAAGUAUUGGGAACAGUGACUGUAAAUGUCCAAUUCAAUCAUUUGCUAUUUUAUUUGUCUGUUUUGACCAUGUCAUUUUAUAGCAGCAUUUUUAAUGGCACUUUUUGUUGGUGGUGUGGAAUUUCUGCGGUUACUUUUUUUUUUUUUUUUUUUUUU